AUGGUCAUCACAAACAAACUCAAGUACGACACACCGCUCCUGCGCAUGGGCGGGAGGGACAUUGCCCUGUCCAGGGAGAUUAAAGUUCUGGGCCUAACGAUAGACGACAAACUCACAUUCAACACGCAUGUGACGAACGUCUGUCGGAAGGCCCUGAACAUCUACAAGCAACUGGCCAGAGCUGCAAAAGUGGAGUGGGGACUCUCUCCGGAGAUAGUCAGGACCAUAUAUGUGGCGGUGAUAGAGCCUGUAAUCCUGUAUGCGGCUAGCGCAUGGGCAACGGCUGCCAGCAAAUUGGGAAUCAGGAAGCACCUAAAUGAGGUGCAACGUGGUUUUGCUCAAAAAAUGGUAAAGGCGUACAGGACGACCUCGCUUAACUCGGCUCUGGUACUCUCCGGGCUGCUUCCACUUGAUCUUAGGAUCAGAGAGGCAGCCUCUCUUUAUGAGAUAAAGAAAGGAUAUUCCCGGAGAGUAGUAGAAGACCGAGCAGUAGAAGUGCCGAUACCUUACGCAAGGGCACCUCAUCCAGCCAAAAUAGCACACCUAGAGUUUGGGAUGGUGGAAAAUAGUGCAGAUCUCAUCCAGAGAGUCAAUGACGGACCCCAAGUCUUUACAGACGGAAGCAAGAUAGAGGGGAAGGUCGGCGCAGCCUUAUCAUUAUGGAAUGAUGGUGCGGAGAUCACGGUCAAGAAACUUAAACUGGAGGAGUUCUGCACUGUUUUUCAGGCCGAACUUCUUGCAAUAACUAAGGCAACAGCAAUAAUUAAGGCACAUAGGACCGGUGGAAUCUUCAGUAUCUACAGCGACUCCAGAUCUGCGCUGGAGACAAUCACCCGUGGCGUUUCUCUCCAUCCUCUCGUGAUUGAGACCAGGAAGAACAUCCAAGAGGCAGCUGAAAACGGCAAAACCAUCAAACUCUUCUGGAUCAAGGCCCACGCGGGGAUGGAGGGAAACGAGCGGGCGGAUGAGCUCGCGAAAGAGGCAGCGCUUAGACUAAAGAAGAAACCGGACUAUGAUGAGUGCCCUAUCUCAUUCGUUAAGCGUAUUUUACGCCAAGAUACGAUUGGCGAAUGGGAAAAGCGGUACCAAACGGAGCAGACCGCAAAAACCACCAAGUUGUUUCUACCAAGUGCAGCGCAGGCGUAUAGGAUGAUCAGGAGCGUGCAGCCCUAUGGAAAACUCACGCAGAUCCUCACGGGGCACGGUGGGUUCGCCCAAUACUUGAACCGAUUCAAGUGUCGGGAGAGCCCAUCGUGUGCGUGUGAUGAUCUGGUUGAGGAGACAGUCCCCCACUUGCUGGUGGAAUGCCCGAUUUUCGAAAGAUUGAGAUUCGACCUAGAACAGGCAAUAGAUGUACGACUAGAAAUAGAUAAACUACAUGAGAUUAUGUUAGAUAAAAGAAAAAGGAGCAAAUUCCUAGAAUAUAGUAUACAAAUAUGUGGAAAAGUAAACAAUAAAAAUAAGUAA